AUGUCCAAAUUGUCAAGGUCUGAAGCUAUUAAACACAUCAAAAAUUGGACCACCGACGAGGUCAUUCAAGCACUCAAAAAGAAUGGUCUUGAUGAGUGCUGUGAAGCUGUAUUGAAACGUCAAAUUGAUGGUGAUGAACUUUGGGAGCUAAAUCGUGCGCCGGAAGAGCAUGUAUCAGUGGCGAGUAUAGUUCAAGUGGAUCAAGAACCCGUCAGCGAUUCUGGAUCAUGGGGAACAGACUUCGAAGACGACGAAGAGGACGAUGACCCACUAUCCAAAAAAAAUCCUGUGCUACGUAAAAAUAAUCCAACUCUACAGCAACGCACAGACUUUCGAAAUAGUUUAAUGAUGUUUCAGAAGCACGAAAAACUUGCUCAAGAAAUUAAUAAUACUUCUACUUGUACUAAUAAAACUAAUAAUAGGCCUGAUAGUAUUUAUAUGAACUGCGGAUCUGAGUCAAGUGCUGCAGAUCAAGAGAAUGCUUACAUGAAUUUUGAGCAGGAGGAGAAAUUAAAGUCCAAAACUGUCUUGCAGUUACACAAAAAAUUUGAACAAACGCUGGCUUGUCAACUGAAGGAACAAUUGAAAUUACGAUACCCUGAAAGUAAGCCAACAAUUAAAAAACCUGAAAUGCCGGACAGAUCUACAAAGCCGAAAACUAAAGUAUUUUCUCCAGCAAAUACACCGAGCCAAGUUGUUGAUGGUAAAGAAAUAAAAAAACCUGCUGUUCCUCCACCAAGGCCUGAAAAAUGUCCACGAGUGUUUGAAAAAUCUGACGAUCUUCCUAAACCUCCGGUGAUGCUUAGAAAUUUUGACCUUGUGGCUAAUCUGCCAACUAAAACAGAUGAAAGUGAGGAUGAGUAUGAGGCUUUUGAUGAACAAAUUAUUGAACAAAAUCGUAUUAAACUGGGGAGUAAUCAAUCACUUAUACAAAAAUCUAUUGAAAAUGUUUAUAAACCUCCUAGUACAACGAGCCAAGAAAAUCAAGAAGAUUAUGAGAUUUAUGAAUGCAUUACAGAGAGUCCGGACGACAAUGCUUAUUACAUUCAACCACUUCCGAAUCCAAACGCAAAUGAUCCACUGCCGACGUCGGUAAUUUCAAGUACAAUAGAAUCAACUCCCACGUUAACGUCAUCAACAAGAUCUCUAAAUAAAAUUGAACGUUCACCAGAAAAAAAAUCAGCAACCUUACCACACUCUGGCAGUAACACAUCUCUAUCAGCGGAAAUGAGAGCUACUCGACCGUUACCACCACCUCCGUUUGGACAAUCUUACAUGGAAUCAUCGUGGUUUCAUAAUGUUACACGCGAGCAAGCUAUUCUUCUUAUCAAAGAACGCGCUCGUAAUGGAUAUUUUUUACUAAGACCAUCGACGUCAGAUCUCAAUAAUCCUUUAGUUCUUGUGCUUUGGUUUAAAGACAGAGUUUAUAAUGUUCCUGUAAGAAAAAGAACUGAUAGCAGAUAUGCAUUAGGAUCAUUAAAAGCUGACGAACAAACUUUUGCAACUGUCGAAGAAAUUGUUAAAUUUUAUUCAAAAGAAGAAUUAGUUUUAUACUCCGGUGGAAUACAAAUGGGUCGUACGAGAUUAACUGAUACGCCUUCUAAAUGA